AUGAACGUUGAUGAAACAGAUAGUGGAACUUACAAGUGUAUGGCUGAAAGCUACCCCAAUGCAAUGUUCAGAGAAGAAAGAUCAAUCAGAGUAGACGUUAGAUGUAAGUAUAUGAUUGAUACUUAAGUUAAAUAUUUCCAACCCUAUAUUCAAAGAAUGUGCGUAUGAAUUUAAAUUAAAUCCCUCCUUACUCAAAUAAAUGCAUGGAUUUACAUGGAUGCAAUGUGAGUGUGUAACCCUCUAACUGGCUGUGCAAUGAUGAGAGAUAAAUAGUUAAUGAUUCAAAUUUUGAAUAUUGUGCAUGGCCUAUGAGUGAUGACUAUAUUUAGGAUCUGACAAAAAGAAGUUACCGUAUAAACCUUUAGAUUUUAGUUUUACCACUCUUUUUUUGUGCGAUGCAUGAGAUGCUAAAAAUCCGAAAAUGUCCAAUAUGUUUUGUUUGAUAUGGUCAUGUGUUCAGAUACUUAUAGAAGAAUAAACGGUGAAGCAAUUUAACUUUUCCUCAAACAUAUGUUAAUAAUUAAUAAUGGAAUUACGGGUUCAUAAACGAAAGCAAUUAACGCUGUUUUGUUCCUUCACAGUUGGACCAAAAGACACAUCCAUUGAGUUGAAACCAAACCCAGCCAUAUUGGGUCGAUCAUUCACCAUAACGUGUAACUCUCGUGGUUUUCCUGAACCAAGUUAUACCAUAUCCCAUAAUGGUACUCGUUUCAUUAAUGCCAAGACGCAUGAUAUUAAUAACGUGGUGUGGACUGAUGCUGGAGAGUAUGAAUGCAAUGCAGGGAAUGAACAUGGAAAUGAUACGGCUUCUGAAGUUCUAAAGGUUACAAGUAAGAUUUUAAUUCAAUGCUGGAGUGUAUGCAUGCAAUGCAAUGAGUGAACGUGGAUAUAAUUUGGCUUCUGAUUUUCUAAAUGUUGAAGGUAAGAUAAGAUUCUAAGACGCAACCGGACGAAACACACGUAGGAAACAGGGAAAGGAAAAAUAUAAUUGGUACAGGGGAUGAGCAAUAAUACAAAUACUUAAAUUUUGGCUUGAAUUGGGGCAUAAUUAUAUAUAGACAUAACCAUGAUAUAAUUAUUAUAGUACAGAAAAAUUCUAUCUAUAACUAUAUUAUGUUCUAUUACUGAGACGGCUAGUCAAUAAUGCAACCCGAUGUAAUGAAUGCAUAUACUUAUUUAUUUCUAAUGACUUUAGUUACAAUAAUUGCAUAUGUAGUAUCUUGAAUUUUGAUUGUUGGAAUGAGUAUUUAAUAGCAAAUUUCAGCAAAUUAUUUCAGCAAAUUAUGUAUGUAUUUAAAGCAAGGAGGUACCGUACACAGUGUUAUUGAGUUAUGUUUUCAAGUUGAUACUUAAUCUUAAGUAAUCUUUCGUUUACCAAACAAUGUACAACUUUCUUUCGCAUAUAGGACUUCUUAAAGAAAAUUUCGUUUCAUUAUAUAAUUUUAUUUGCAAUUCGUGAAAUAGAGAGAGGACAACCAACACAACCACCAACAAUACCAAAUACAAGCAAGUACGAUAAUCGAUCAGGUAAUACGAAGUAUACGACAGGACCAUUUAUCUUAACUUAUUUUGCACGUGAAGCAGCCAGCCAACUAAAUUCACAGGCUACUUCCGUUAGUUUUUCCUGAAAAAGACCGAAAAAGAAAACCUUUUCACAAUAUUCACCAUCAUCAUAUAAAACUAGAUCCCGUAUAUACUGCUCAUUCCCUCCAAUGAAGACUAUAAUUGUCGUGAGAUUUUAAGGUGAAAAUAUCUGAAAAUCAGUUUUAUUCAUUGGCCUAAUACUAGUUUUCCUUUCAGGAAUUGCAUUAUUAAAUGUCAUUGGGUUUAGCUAAUUUUCUAACUCAUCAAUUCUCCAAAUGUUCCUUCAGGAGAGGUUACAAGUUCCAAAAUGGAUUGUGAAAGUUCUGGAACUGUUGUAGUAUGGCAUAUUGUUGUGUCGUUGGUGUCUGGAUUUAUUCUUGGAAUUCUCUUUUCCUACUGUACAUUGUCUCGUAUUCGCGUAGUCGUUGGUUUAGAAACAGAAAACCUGAACGAAAGCCUGAACCAAAGACAACUGAAGCUGAUACAACUUAUCAAGAGCUUGAUCUUUCAAAAAUGAACACAGAAGAUAAUUAUCAGUCGUUGAGAGUGAAUGCCGCCGUAUGUAAUGACGCUACAAAUGACGAUGACUCUACUUACACGCAGUUGAGCAAAACCAGAGAUGUGGAGGACAACUACCAAUCUUUAACUUGA